AUGAUCGGAAGCAUUGAUUGCACACACUGGAAAUGGAAAAAUUGUCCGGUAGCAUGGAAAGGGCAAUAUGCAAGUGGUCAUCAUGGAUCACCUUCGUUGGUUUUAGAGGAUGUUGCUUCUCAAGAUUUAUGGAUUUGGCAUGCAUUUUUUGGGGUUGCGGGUUCCAACAACGACGUCAACGUUCUUGAUCAUUUGCCAAUAUUCGACGAUCUUUUGAAUGGAAAGGCCCCAGAUGCUCCUUUCACGGUGAAUGGAAACGAAUACAAAUAUGAGUAUUACCUUACAGAUGGAAUAUAUCCUCAGUAUUCCACUUUCGUGAAGACAUUCCGCCACCCGGUUGAAGAACGAGACAAAUUUUGUAAGAGAAGACAAAGAACACGUAAGGAUGUGGAACGUGUUUUUGGAGUGCUGAAGGCGAAGUGA